AUGACACCUGCCAAUGGUGUGGCGCAUGUAGAUGAGGAGCUAGAAGCUGAAGUUGCACUCCUGAACGGGCACACGGACGCCGAGGUCCACCUUGCUUCUGUCGCCGAGAGGAAAAGAUUGUGGUGGAGGAAUGCUGUCGUGAAUGGGUCAGCCAUACUAGCAUGGUUCAUAUUUGCUCUGAUACUCCAGAUGUACAACAAAUGGAUGUUCUCACCCGACCGCUUUGGCUUCCCUUUCCCCCUAUUUGUGACCAUGCUGCACAUGUUUGUUCAGUGGCUAUUUGCAGCGCUUCUACGCUUUGUCUGGCCGCAUAGGUUUCGAUCCGAGUUGUCGCCAACACGAGAUGGUUAUGUACGCAAGGCCAUGCCGACAGCGGUCUCAACCGGUCUUGACAUAGGGUUGUCUAACCUUUCCUUGCGGACCAUCACUCUUUCAUUCUACACAAUGUGCAAAUCCUCCUCAUUGAUUUUCGUCCUGGGCUUCGCGUUUCUCUUCCGCCUCGAGUCAUUUUCCUGGCGUCUUGUCGGCGUUAUACUGCUAAUUUGUGCUGGCGUCCUUCUCAUGGUCGCUACCGAAACGCACUUCGUCUUGUCUGGAUUCAUCUUGGUCAUCUCGGCCAGCGCUUUAGGCGGCCUUCGAUGGAGCCUCACCCAAUUGCUCAUGCGUGACCGAAAGCUGGGGAUCGACUCGCCCGCCGCUACUAUCUAUUGGCUCGCACCUGUCAUGGGCAUCACUAUCGGAAUCGUUAGCAUUAUACUGGACUCAUGGUCCACUUUAAUCGGAAGCAAGUUCUUUGACGGCGCGGGUGCGACGUUCCGCACCCUAUUUCUUCUCACCCUGCCGGGUGUCGUUGCUUUCGCCAUGGUGAUGAGCGAGUAUACAAUCAUUCAGAGAACCGGCGUGGUGCCACUGUCGAUUGCCGGCAUUGCCAAAGAGGUCACCACCAUAUCUUUGUCGUCCGUGGUGUUCGGCGACGAGCUGACGCCCCUGAAUAUCACUGGCGUGGCCAUCACUGUCUGUGGGAUUGCGCUAUUCACCUAUCACAAGUACCGCAAGUCUAUCGAUUCGCCCAUCCCUCUAGACGCCCAUGGUCAGCCUAUACAGGACGACGACGAUCGAGGUAUCGCACUCAAUGAAGGCGGCUACACCCUCGCCCCGGAAAGCGUUCCGCUAGUUGACGCCGACGAAGAUCAUGAAGAGCCCGGUCCACUAGCUGCAGCAGACUCACCGCCUUUACGCAAAGAACACUCAGUAUUGUUCUCAGCCGAAGAUGAAACUUGA